AUGGAAACCCAACGGCAAGAAACCUUUAAACAGCUACGCCCACCAUGUGUGGAGCUAAGCUCAAUAGGACUCAGCUUUCGAGGUAAUCAAGCCUCGGCUCAAGAUGUCAUUCGAGCUGUGCAGCCACUCCACGAUGUAUUGGAACUGCUUGCGGGGAAGAAUGCACUGGACGAGAAGCUUGCCGAAUACGCCUUCUUCCCACUCACCCAUAUCUUCAAUCAAACACAACGGCUCCCCGCAAGAUGUCUCGAAAUUGCAGUUCACUCUCUUCAGAUACUCGUCGACAGUGGAUAUCGGAAACAAUUGUCGCCGGCUUUGGGAAAACAAUUGAUUAUACUUUUGACGCUAGUCGUGGCCGGGUCUCCGAAUAAGGUUGAAGGGAAACAGGAUCUACCCAAAGCACAGGCAUCCGAAGAGCUUGCCAUUGCUGGGUUUGACUGCAUGCGAUCCAUAUUCAAUGUGCUCGAGGGUCCCGUCGCCGAAAAGACCAUCUUUCAUGAAAUCGGAACGGCCACCGUUGUUGAUCAAUCGGUCUAUAUGUUGUUAGAGGGAUUGGUCGAUGAACGAUCAGACGAUGUGUGUCUCGCUGCUGCAAAGGCCUUGAAUGCCCUUUAUGCCCGUAUCACAGACCGGGUGGUCCUUGCAAGCAUUAUGCCACGCACUGUUUCCGCUUUGGCGAAGGUUGUGAGGCCGACAACACAAGCCCGACGAUCUUAUAAACUAUUGGAAGUUUCCAUUCAGAUUCUCAACUACCUACUAAAGUCUGUCCUCAACGAUCGCGUUGCCAUUGCGGAGGAACCUCGCCCUUCUCUCACCAAAGAAGAUGGCCUGGUCUUGGAUGACUCUUGGCUGAAAGCGACGACGACCCAGAUCAAGCUGGCAUUAGCAAACAUUAUUCAGAUAAGGCGCCACCAGCGGUUAGAGGUUCAAACAGCAAUGCUGGAUCUCUGUGUCAUGAUCAUUGAAGACUGCCCUGAAACAUUGAAAGACUCUCUUCAGAUCAUGAUCGAGACGGCUGUGGUUCUUGCAGAUAAAGAAGAAGAGGGAUCUAAUCAUGCGUAUAACACGGUCUAUCAUCUGGCGACAUCAUACCCAGUCGUUUUGGAGACUUUGAAGGAGUCACUGCAUACGUGGCUUACGUCCUUUCCACGAAUCAUGCAAAGCAACGACGAGUCGGCUAAACAAUGGGGCAUCAGACAAAUUUCGACUGUCUUCCAAAUUCUGUCCCAAGUUCAAUCGCAAUCGGACUUGCUGACGGCGAGUCUGGCCACUGGACUUUGUGACAGCGUGAGCGCUGUCGUUAAAAAAGACACUACCGCUCUCCAGCCUUUGACAUCGGCCAAUGUCGGAAAUAUGAACUCAGAAAUACUCGGGUCGGAUGCCGAGUCUAUGGUGUUCCCACCGGUGUUAUUGGAGCACCGCAGUCAACAAGCAACCCUAAAGGAUCUACGCGCUUUGAUGACAAGAUUAAAUCUUUCUGAAUCUGGUAAUGAAAUUACGCGUUCCAUCGUCAACCGCCUGCAUUCUAGUGCUGAAAACACUAUAAUUGCCCCAUUCUGGCUUGCUCUAACUUCUCUCCGGGCUCAAAAACACCAUGCAAGUGCAUUCGAUGACUUUAUCUCUGAUGAUCAAUUGGAAAACUCCCUUGCGGGCCCCAAUCGUGCGGGCAUGGUUGAGGAGCUCUACUUUGUUGCUUUGUCAAUCCUCAACGACAUACCCGCCGAUGGCUCCGGUGACUGGCGAACAUCUGCACUCGCGCUAGAAGCAGUGGCUCUUCAAGCACAGCAGCUUGGAGAAGACUUCCGACCGGAACUUAUAGAUGCGCUUUAUCCAACACUGCAACUUCUUGCGUCCAAUAAUCCCAACUUGCAACGCCACGCCAUGACAUGUUUAAAAAUCUUGACAACCGCUUGCAACUACCAGAAUACCGGCUCUAUGAUCAUCGAGAAUGUCGACUAUUUGGUGAACUCGGUUCUUUUUAUGAUGGUCAAAUUGUGUGGUGCGCCCCUUAUCCCAUACUUGGAUGAUUUGGUUGAUUCCGUUUUUGGGAUCUUGGAUAUGUAUCAUGGCUAUCCGAAGCUGGUCGAAAUGAUGUUCAAGACCCUGGCGGCUAUAGUCCAAGAAGGAUCCAAGAAGCCAUCCCUUCUGACAAUAGACGACGGUCGACAGGAUGGUUCAUUUGACUCUCGCAAGGUCCAGCAUCAGCACCUUUCAGUUGCCACUCUUGUCGCGGAUAUUGUGAGGCGAAGAGAAAAGCUUUCAAAUGUUGUGAAUGAGGACGUGGAAGCUGAUGACAAUAUUUCGCAUCCGAAGAAGCCAUGGUCAGAGACGUAUGACAAGCCCGAGCCCGAGCCAGAGACCAUCGAAGAGCUUCUCAACAAGGCCGAAUCUGACGAGCCACUUCCACCGCCUAAAGAACCAGAAGACACCGAAAAGCCGUUGAGCAAAACCCAUUCUCUUCUUCUACAUAUCGUGAAAUCCAUCCCAACCCAUCUAUCUUCCCCAUCACCCUAUCUCCGACGCUCCCUCCUUACUAUCCUCAUCGAUGUUCUCCCAACCCUCUCGCAAAACGAAAAUAGCUUCCUCCCUCUGGUCAACGAUCUCUGGACCUCGGUAGCAUCAAGAGUGAUCUUUCCCUCGUCGCUGGGAAGUGAUUCGUCUUCAAAUUCGCUCAUUGCCCGGUCAUCUACCGGAGAUAGCUCGUCAACACCUGACACUCAUGCAUUCCAAGAGGAAACUUUCGUCAUAACUACAGCUUGCCAGGCUAUGGAAGCGAUGUGUAAGGGAGCUGGUGACUUCAUGGGCUCACGAAUCGAAACCGAAUUUCCCCGCUGGGAACGGCUAUACAAUACUGUCUGGGCCAAGGUGCGCCAAGAUUCCGAGAACGUUAAUGAGCGACGUGCACAGCAGCAGAAAGGCAAGCUUGAUACCCAGCUGACUGCCCAAACAACCGAGUCCAGUCUUUCCAUCGCAUCGUCACUGGCUCUUUCUUCAACCGCAUCCGGGUCCUCCGGAUCAAGGGCAUUUACGCCUCACCAUGCUCUCUGGCGCGCGUUGAUAUCCUUAUUCCUCACCGUCCUGUCUCAUGUGCGUUUACAACCCGAAGUCGGUGAUCGUAUCUGUGGAAUGCUUGGCUCUUGGAUUGCACUAUAUGUUGGACCCGAGUACUAUUUCCUCCCAUCCAGGAGAGAUACUGCCCACUCGGAAGAUACUUCCAAGCAGAGUAUUCUCCAGUCUGUUGAGACUGCGAUUCAAGCUAUGGAGACUUGGAACGCGGACCUCACUUGGUUUAUCUUUGUUGGCCAACUCAAUCGAGUGCCAGCGAACUCUGUCCCCGUGCAAAGAACGCCUGGACCUAGUAUGUUUGCAGAAUUUCGUGGAGAGAAAAUGCAGUUUGCAGCUGUUGUCUUCUAG